GUUUUUUUUCAACUUUUUCAAUGAUUUCUUAGAGAAUAAUUCAUGGAUCUUGAUGAAAGAAAAUCAGACAUGUUUAGGGGACUAAUAUUUUUGAGUAUGUGUAAUUUAUUGCAGAUCCAAAUAAAAAUCUGGAUCUAGCUUAUUUAAAUGUGGUUUCAUAAGGGGGCUGUUGGAACUUGAUGGAGGUAGAGCUUAACUAUCUAUUUGUUUGUCAGCAGGAUUGUGCAAAAAUUACUUAACAGAAUUUUGCCAAACUUAGUGGAGCAAUGGGGAAUAAUUUUUUUAAUAAUUUUAUGCAGAGUAAAAGACAGUUUCAGGAUUAUUAUUAUUUCUGUCUUUAACAAUGUUAAAGGGCUACGGUUAACCCUAAGAGAAAUAAAUCAUCAGAUAUAGUUGUCUUACAUUUCUGCUGUAAUAACUAGCCAUCAUAGCUCCUCUUCUCCCUCUCCUUGGAAUUUUAUUUUGAAAUCCCAUGAGCGGAUGUUGUUGUCAGCUGACAAGACUUCUUCCUCGUGUGUUUUAAUAAUUUCCUGCAGGACUCCACCGACAUUUCUCUUCUUAUUCAUUCCAAAGAGACAGAAACAUUUCAUGUGGAGGGAAGAUAAAGAUCAUCGACAUGUCUGCCAAGCCAACGUGUCUGAUCGUGGCCAGCUCCUCUCCUCAGGGAGUCUCCGCCAAGUCCUUCCAUCAGUGCUUCACUCUCUGCAGCUCAGUGUUUAACCUCCAGACUGCCACACCUGGGGGGAAGCCAAUAGACUUUGUUGGAGUGGAUGAAAGCACUGCCAGAUGGGUGCAGGAUUUCAACGUGAAACCUUAUGCAACACCGGCUAAACUUGAAUCUAUAGAUGGUGCCCGAUACCAGGCGCUGCUCAUCCCAGACUGCCCCGGGGCGCUGAACGACCUGGCACACAGCGGCUCCCUGCACCGCAUCCUCACCCACUUCAUCUCUCAACAGAAGCCUGUUUGUGCGGUGGGACAGGGAGUGUCGGCUCUGUGUUGUGCCACAGAGGGACAGAGGUGGAUCUUCGACGGUUACAGUUUAACAGGGCCAUCAGUGUUUGAACUGGUGCGGAGGCCGGACUUCGCCAACCUGCCCCUGAUCGUUGAGGACUUUGUGAAAGACAGUGGAGGAUCAUACACAGCAAGUCAAGAAGACGCUGUGCAUGUGGUCAUAGACAGACACCUGAUAACGGGUCAGAACUUGCAGUCCACCUCACUCGCUGUGCACAAUCUGAUCCUGCUCUGCGGCGCCAAGUAAAAACAGAAACACGUGGAUCAGGAGCACAACGGCUUAUUGUUUCACAUUUAUAUUCAAGUCAUUGAACAAACAUUCAUCUCAGACCAAUACUGGAAGAUGCUGAGUCAGAACAGACGUCUGGUCACACUGUAAAUACAACUUCAUCACUUGUCAAUGCUGUCGUUAUAAAUCUAUUAAAAUUUGCACAAUUAAACAUUUUGAUCUGGAGAUUUAAAACAGAAAACUUUUUUUUGAGGAGCGGAUGCUUAUUGAUGGUGGAUGUUUAAAGCCUGACACAGGAUGGUUAGUCACAGGUCUCUGAACAAAAAUAUACCCCUUCAUUUAAAUUCUGUACAGACUGAUGGUCAUGCUCCUUCUGCUGGAUGGAGAUGUGUUUUUGCACUGAACUGUACAAGUUGAUUUCAUUUAUGCACCAUCACAGAUUAACAGGAAUAAAACAUACUGAAGUACC